AGCAGUUGCGACAAUUGUAAUCGUCCUGCAGCAUGUGCGCGGCAACGCUUAAUAAAAACAUAAAAACAUUUGAACGCAUAAAAGCCGGAAUAAAAUCGAAAUAAUAAUAAAGCAAACAAAAAUCCUCCGAACGAAAGCCGAAACGACAGGCAGCGGCAAGAAACAUUCAAUAGCGCCACUAACUAGUUUGUUGUUAUUGCAGCAGCACUCUCUUCUCCUGGGUGUGUGUAUGUUGGUGCUAUUGUGACUUUAUGUGUAUUUUGCUCGCACCGCAACCACCAACGACUCAGCGCAAUCACCACUACCUCCGGCAGCAGCGUCACCAUUGCUGCUGUCAUAACCAGCAGCAGCCGCGGCAGCAUUAACACCAUUACCGCAAAGCGUUUAGCAACUGAACGCUCUGGCCACGCCAAACAUUUAGGACAUUUAUGAUAUUCCUGCAGCACAAUUAAAUGGCGGACGCAUAGCGUGCAUGCAAAGUGUACCGAAAGGACGAAAAUCUGGAUUUUGAAUACCACAAAGCGGCGGGGAUUUAUCCUUGUCUCGUUGGUGAGAUUGUGUGAUGUUGGCGGCUGCGGCUGAGGCGGUGGUGUUUGUGUUGUUUUUGCCGCUGCAUGCACUUCCCUCGCCAUCGUGCCAUUAUACUAAUUCGUAGUCGGUGCCGUCAUCAGUUGGUACAUUUGUGAUAUUUGGUGCAAAGUGUUUUCGUGUUCUAGUUUUUCGGCAUACACAUUUUAUAAGCAAAAAAAAAAUAUUAAAAUAAUAAACAAACUGAAAUAUUAGCAACAUAGUAAUUACAGGAAUCUACAACAAUUAAUAGAAACUUCCUAAGGAAAUCCACUUGGAGCAUACUCCACCCCAAAAAAUGGACCAUUCAAAUCUGCCAUUCGGGUUUGCUCUACCCGGUCACGCACACAUGCCAAUACCACCAACACCAAAUUUGAUGUCCGGCCAUCCCGGCCCCACAUCCAGCCCACCGCAAAGUGUGCCCGGUAGGCGAACACCGCUUGGCGCUGUGGGCCUCGGCGGCUUCUAUGCACAAGGACUUGGUAUGUCACAGCAAGGAUCCAUGCCGACAGAUGAGAAUAAGCCCAGCCCAAGUGCACUGGGGGCUGUUGGUGGCGGAAGUAUGGGACAUGGGCGGAAAUCCCCACCACAAUCCCUAUCUGGUGGUACGACCACCGUGGCCGCCGGCAGUGGGACAAGUGGAAGCGGUGGCAGUGGCAAACAGAAAAACCGACAGGCAAAAACGGUGCGACUGAAUAUAAACGCGAGAGAGCGGCGACGCAUGCACGAUUUGAACGAUGCUUUGGAUGAGCUGCGCAGCGUCAUACCCUACGCGCAUUCGCCUUCCGUGCGGAAGCUGUCAAAGAUCGCCACAUUGUUGUUAGCUAAGAAUUAUAUACUAAUGCAACAGAAUGCUUUGGACGAGUUGCGACGACUCUUGGCCUACAUUCAGAGCACAAGUGGCGCAGCACCGCUAGACUUAGGCUCGUUUCCUGCCGCCGCAAAACUACAGGCACUCUUACAGGGGCCCCACGAGCCACCGAAUAGUAGCUAAACAUUAUAUUACGAACUUGUGCAAAGUAAGCUGUUGAGCGAAUAGAAA